UUGUAUUGUGGAAAGUGGAAAACCCCCUUUGGGGAAGACGACUUCACAAAGACUUUUCACAAUUUCACCUCAUUAGAAAACAACAACAAUCAGAAGAUCAUAAAAACACUAAUUUCUGCAUCAUUCUGUCACAACUAACCAUUUUUCUACACCAUGAAGAAGGGAAGUUUGGCCCCAAAUCUCAAACUCAGCCUCCCUUCACCAGAUGAAACUUCACUCGCUAAAUUCUUAACUGAAUCUGGGACUUUUAUGGAUGGUGAUCUGUUAGUGAACAGAGACGGUGUUAGAAUUGUUUCUCAAAGCCAGUCUGAUACUCCACCUCUUAUUCAGCCAUCUGAUAACCAAUUAAGCUUAGCUGAUUUUGAUGCGGUUAAAGUUGUUGGAAAAGGAAACGGUGGAAUUGUUCGAUUGGUGCAGCACAAAUGGACCGGCCAGUUUUUUGCUUUAAAGAUGAUUCAAAUGAAUGUAGAUGAACCGGCUCGCAGGCAGAUUACAAAAGAACUUAAAAUCAACCAAUCAUCACAGUGCUCAAAUGUUGUUGUGUGUUACCAAUCUUUUUAUGAUAAUGGUGUCAUCUCUAUAAUCUUGGAGUACAUGGAUGGUGGAUCUUUAGCUGAUUUUCUCAAAACCGUUAGAUCAGUCCCCGAACCGUAUCUUGCAGCCAUCUCUAAGCAGGUGCUAAAGGGUCUAUGGUACCUUCACCAUGAGAAACAUAUCAUUCAUAGGGACUUGAAACCCUCAAAUUUGCUUAUAAAUCACCGCGGUGAAGUGAAGAUCACCGAUUUUGGUGUUAGUGCUAUACUUGCAAGCACAUCCGGAUUGGCUAAUACUCAAAUCGGCACUUAUAAUUAUAUGUCUCCCGAGAGAAUUAUUGGAGGCAGUUAUGGCUACAAGAGUGAUAUAUGGAGCUUGGGUUUAGUUUUGCUCGAAUGUGCAACGGGCCAGUUUCCGUACUCUCCACCACAGCAAGGGGAAGGAUGGGUCAGUGUUUACGAGCUUAUGGAAACCGUCGUUGGUCAACCGCCUCCUCAUGCACCUUCCGAUAAAUUCUCUCCGCAAUUCUGCUCGUUUAUUGAAGCAUGCGUGCAGAAAGAUCCCAAGGAUAGGGCAUCGGCAAAUGAACUUAUGUCGCACCCGUUCAUCAGUAUGUAUGACGGCAUGGCAGUAGAUCUUGCAUCGUAUUUCACUGAAGCGGGAUCCCCUCUUGCAACUUUGUUCUGAAUCCCUGAUUGCUAGGGUAGUGAGUGUAUAUUGCUGCAAGUAAAGGGCCAAAGAUUUCACCUUUUUGUUGUAUCAUGGGUUUAAAGUUUGCAACUAGUUCUUGAAGAUGAAAACUUUUUAAUGAGGACUUGUAACACUUCAGGGAAUGUGUAAUACAGUUAUAUCAUACAUUUUUAAGUUAUGUUUGAUCUUUAAGGAGUUAA